AUACCGCCUCGGCAAAAAGGGAGUGAGUGGCUCUCUAAAAACAAAAAUAAAAAAUAAAAAUAAAUAUGACAUGACUCAAAUGUCGCGGCGAUGAUCCUCAUUCUGCAUCAAUUUCAAUUUCAAUAGUUGCAUGUCGCACACUCACGCGACAUUUUAUCUGCUACUAUGGCGUAAUAUCUUUAACCUCAAGUCACACUUUAUCAUAAUCAAGAAAUACAAAUAGAAAUAGUCUGACAUUGUAAACAGUUACUGAAAAAACUUAUUAAGUGACUAUGUGCAGAUUCAUGAUCUAUAAGGGUAGGGACCCUAUGGUCCUCUCAGAUUUACUCACUAAACCUGCACAUUCUAUAAUUAAUCAAUCAUUUGAUUCUCGACUUCGAUUAGAUAUGAGAAAUCCAAUUAAUGGUGAUGGAUUUGGGGUUGGAUAUUAUACUGCAAAUCAUAAACCUUGUGUAUUUAAAGCGAUAACUCCCGCCUGGAAUAAUGUGAAUUUAAAUAAUUUAUCAAUGUGUACUGAAUCAAGAUUAGUAUUUGGACAUGUUAGAGCUUCAACUCAAGGAGUUUUAUCAGAAACUAAUUGUCAUCCAUUUUCUUAUGGGAAAAUUAUGUUUAUGCAUAAUGGAGGAAUAUCAUCAUUUGAUCUUAUUAAGAAAAGAUUAAUAAAUUAUAUAGAAGAUAAAUUCUUUUUCAUAAUUCAAGGUUCAACUGAUCUGGAAUGUUGUUUUGCAUUAUUUCUUGAUACUUUAUUUAAGAUGGGUUAUGAUCCUGCUGAUCGAAAUAUUCAAUAUUCUAAUAUAAUUUUAAGAAAAGCAUUAUUAAAAACAAUAGAAUUACUUAAAGAUUGGCAAACUUCAGUUACUAGUGAACCUUCAUUAUUAAAUUUUGCAAUAACUGAUGGAGAAAGUAUAGUUAUAAGUCGAUAUGUUACAUCAAAAACUGAAGAAGCUGCUUCAUUACAUUUUAGUACUGGAUCAAAAUUCUUUGAAUAUGAACCAGGAUUAUUUAAAAUGGAAAGAUUAAAUCGAUCUCAAGAUGUAAUCUUUGUUGCUAGUGAACCAUUAACUUUUGAAAGAGGUGAUUGGUUAUGUGUACCAUCUAAUACAACUUUAACUAUAACUAAAAAUAAUACAGUAUUAAUGCAUCCAAUUGAAGAUGAAUUUUAUGGAGCCAAUGAAAGAUCAUCUGAUUUAGCUAUAAGUAAAGGUUUAAUGGGUGGAGUACCUACAAAACGUCAUGCUCAACAAGAUAAUUCAAGUGAUGAAAUAGAUUCUACAAUUGCUGAAUUACCUCCUCUUGAAAGAGAAGGUAGAAAAAUGUCAACUGAGGCAAUUGUAUUUUAGUUUAUUGGUUUUAUUAGUUUAUUCUACAGGGGAUAUCUUAUAGAUAUAUUAAAUAAAUUAAUCAU